UUUGCAGAUACAAAAAGAAAUGAAAGAGUACAAAAUUGUUGUUUUGGGAAAUGGAGGAGUUGGGAAAAGCGCAUUGACUUUGCAAUACGUGCAAGGAAUAUUUGUUCACACUUAUGACGCCACAAUUGAAGAUUCCUAUAGAAAAUUAUCAAAAGUUGAUGCUGAAAAUGCGAGGCUGGAAAUUUUAGAUACUGCUGGAACGGAGCAAUUCACUGGAAUGCGAGAAACAUAUUACCGUACUGCUCAGGGAUUUGUACUCGUCUUUUCUCUUGCCGAAACUUCUACUUUUGAAAAUUUGAAACAAACGUUUACAGAUAUUAUCGCAAUUCGUGGAAAGGAGGUUCCAAUGAUAUUAGUCGGAAAUAAAUCUGAUUUGGCAGAAACAAGGCAAGUUGAUGAAUCAGAAGCUCACAAUUUUGCUGAAAAACUCAAAAUCCCAUAUUUUGAGACUAGUGCAAGGCUCAACCAGAACGUAUCAGAGGUGUUCGAAGAAUGUGCAGUAUUAAUUCAGAAAAGUGCAAAACCAAAUAUAGAGCGUCGCAAAUGGUCUUCCGAAUCCGAAAUUGGAGAUAAAAAAUGUAAAAAUUGGUUGCGAUCUUGUUGUUGUUGUUUGAUUCCAUGUUUUGCACACGAUUAGAUCUAAUUUCUAUUAUUUUUCAAAAAAGAAACCAACAAAAAACGAAAAGAAAAAUGCCACUAAUUGAGAUUUUGACAUUUAAACAACUGUUGCCCACUCUUCACUGACUGAUCGGGCGACGACAACUCCAACUCCAAAUCCAAUGACUCCUUUGAAGACGCUC